GGGUUCCCGGGAGGCCUGCCCUCUCCAGUAUCUGCCAGGGGUCUGGUCCCAAGCUUUAAAAAUCCGAGCCGUGGCACUGCAUCCCGACCUCUCCUCUCCCAGCCAGUUCUGGCUGGCUUUUCAAAAGUGUGCAGUUGUCUCCUCCCUGCCCAGCCCCGUCCUCGCCCAGGACCAGCUGUGCGGCCGGCCGGCUUCAUUUAGGACGCGAGCGCACUGCGCGGCGCUCACAGUUCAGGCACCUUCGGCUUUCCGCUCUGCUCCCGGGGCCGCUUUGCAAAGUUGGGCAGCUCCAAGCGCACCCUUUGCCUCUGACUUCUCCCUCCCCCGAUUCCAGGCGCCCCCGCUUCCCACGCUCCUUCCACCCGGAGCAGCCUGUCCCAGCGGGCUCGCGGCUCGCACCCCUGUCCAGUCUUCCUCCCCGACCAUGCUGUUCAGGGGCGUCCUGCUGGCAGUGCAAGCAGCCCUGCAGCUUGUCGGUGCCCUGGACCUGCCCGCGGGAUCCUGCGCGUUCGAAGAGAGCACCUGCGGCUUUGACUCGGUGUUCGAGUUCCUGCCGUGGAUUUUAAACGAGGAAGGCCAUUACAUUUAUGUGGACACCUCCUUUGCCAAGCAGGGGGAGAAAGCCGUGCUGCUGAGUUCUGAUCUACGGGCUGAGGAAUGGAGCUGCCUCCGAUUGGUCUACCAGAUAACCACGUCUUUGGGGUCUCCAUCAGAGCCCAGCCGGCUGAACCUCUAUGUGAGAUUUGAUGAUGAAAGCUUUGAUCGCUUGCUUUGGUCAGCCAAGGAACCUUCGGACAGCUGGCUCAUAGCCAGCUUGGACUUGCAAAACAGUUCCAAGAAAUUCAAGAUUUUAAUAGAAGGCGUGCUAGGACAUGGAACUACAGCCAGCAUUGCAGUCUUUGAAAUCAAGAUGACAACUGGCUACUGUCUUGAAUGUGACUUUGAAGAAAAUCAUCUCUGUGGCUUUGUGAACCGCUGGAACCCCAACGUGAACUGGUUUGUUGGAGGAGGAAGCAUUCGGAACUCCCACUCCAUUCUCCCGCAGGAUCACACCUUCAAGAGUGAACUGGGCCACUACAUGUAUGUGGACUCGGUUUACGUCAAGCACUACCAGGAGGUGGCACAGCUAAUCUCCCCAAUGACCACGGCCCCCAUGUCUGGCUGCUUGUUGUUUUAUUACCAACUCCAGCAGGGGAAUGACAACGUCUUCUCCGUGUAUUCGAGGGAUGCGGCCGGCCUGUAUGAGGAGAUCUGGAAAACGGGCAAUCCAGGGAAUGCUGACUGGAACCUCGCUGAGGUGGAGUUCAGCGCCCCGUACCCCAUGGAGGUUAUUUUUGAAGUUGCCUUCAAUGGUCCCAAAGGAGGGUAUGUUGCCCUGGAUGAUAUUUCUUUCUCUCCUGUUCCCUGCCAAAAUCAGACAGAGCGUCCUUUUAGUGCCGUAGAAGCAAGCUGCAAUUUUGAGGAAGAUCUCUGCAACUUCUACCAAGACAAAGAAGGUCCAGGCUGGACCCGAGUGAAAGUAAAACCAAACAUGUAUCGGGCAGGAGACCACACUUCAGGCUUAGGGUAUUUCUUGAUGGCCAACACAAAGUUUACGUCUCAGCCUGGCUACAUUGGAAGGCUCUACGGUCCCUCCCUGCCAGGAAACUUGCAGUAUUGUUUGCGUUUUUACUAUGCCAUCUAUGGGUUUUUAAAAAUGAGUGACACCCUAGCAGUUUAUAUCUUUGAAGAGAACCACAUGGUUCAAGACAAGAUCUGGUCUGUGCUGGAGUCCCCAAGGGGCGUUUGGAUGCAAGCUGAAAUCACCUUUAAGAAGCCCAUGCCUACCAAGGUGGUUUUCAUGAGCCUGUGCAAAAGUUUUUGGGACUGUGGACUUGUAGCCCUGGAUGACAUUACAAUAGAAUUGGGAAGCUGCUGGUCUCCAGAGAAGCUUCCAACUCCACCUGGAGAGUGUACUUUCGAACAAGAUGAAUGUGCAUUUACUCAGGAGAGAAGGAACCGGAGCAGCUGGCACAGGAGGAGGGGAGAAACUCCUACCUCCUACACAGGACCAAAGGGAGAUCACACUACUGGGGUAGGCUACUACAUGUACAUCGAGGCUUCCCACAUGGUGUAUGGACAAAAAGCACGACUCUUGUCCAGGCCUCUACGAGGAGUCACUGGAAAACACUGCUUGACUUUUUUCUACCACAUGUAUGGAGCGGGGACUGGCCUCCUGAAUGUUUAUUUGAAAAAGGAAGGUGACAGUGAAGAGGCCCUCUUAUGGCGAAGAAGAGGUGAGCAGAGCAUCUCCUGGCUACGAGCGCUGAUUGAAUACACCUGUGAGAGGCGACACCAGAUAAUUUUUGAAGCCAUUCGGGGAGUGUCAAUAAGAAGUGAUAUUGCCAUUGAUGAUGUUAAAUUUCAAGCAGGAUCCUGUGCGGAAAUGGAAGCUAUAACUCAGCAAUCAUCAGGAUAUUCUGAGGAUUUAAAUGAAAUUGAGUAUUAAGGAAUGAUCUGAAUUGGAUUAACUAAACAAAGCCAUACCUCUCUUCAAUCAAAAUGAAAAACAAAAACAAAAAACGAAUGAAUACUGGACAGUCUUAACUGUUUCAUAAGUUAUAAAAUGACUUCAGAGCACUCUUUUUCAUUACUUUUGCAAAAAAUACUGACUCAGGGCUUUUUUUUUUUUUUUUUUUUGCAUAUGACAACUGUUACUAGAAGUACAGGCUGCUGGUUUUGCCUAGAUCAUUCAUCUUAAUUUUGGUACCAGUUAAAAAUACAAAUGUACUAUAUUGUAGUCAUUUUAAAGUAUGCAAAUAAAGGGCACAAUCAAAAUGAGAUGUGCUCACUUAAAUCUGCAUUCAGUGAAUGUACUGGGAGGAGAAUAGGUCUUGUGGGUUUCCUUUUGAAGUUCAAGUAUCAUAAAUAUUUUUGAAGUAAUAAUGUGAGGUGUCAGUAAUAUCUGCAGAAUGAAUGCAGCUUUUCACAGUAACAAGUUAAUCUAAGAAAAUAAAGUCUUAUUUUCUAUGUUUUAUUCAUAGAAAUGGAGUAUUAAUUUUUAAAUGUUUUUGCCAUAUGUGAUAACAAAGGAUCUUUCAUGAAUGUCCCAAGGUAUAAGUCAGUAUUAAUUAAUGCUGUAUUACAAGGCAAUGCUACCUUCUUUUUUCCCCCUUUAAACUACUUUUGAAAGUCACUCUGAACACUUGGAUAGAAAUUGCACUCUUUUUUUGUAAAGCAAGCUUAAAAAUGUUUAUGUACACAUACCCUCAGAUUUUAAUAACGUGUUAAACAAUUUUACUGAUUUUUUUAAAUAAAUGUUUUGGUAAUAUUUUGAGUAAUAUGAAUUCAAGCAGAUAUACUAGACUACUGCCUUUUAUUUACAUGUUUAGAAAAUUGUAUAUACAUAUUUGUAUACCCAAACAGCUGUUGUGAAAUUAUGAUUACCUAAUAAAUAAU